AUGUCGAUCGACCUGCAGGGUGAUGUGGUGUUCGAGGUGGACGCCAUCGGCUGGGCUCCCUCCGGUGCGCGCACGGCGCUGUCCCUGCACCACGAGCUGGACCCGGCCAGGCUCCCCGCCGCUAAUAAAGGGGCGGCCACCGUCGGCGGGCACGAGCGCACGCCCAGCGGGCGGUACGUCCUCGCGACGGGGCUCGCCGACGAGGAGGACGGCCUGUGCCAGGCGAUCACGCCGGGCGCGCUCAAGCCCCGGGUCACGUACCGUGUCGCCGGAUGGAUCAGCGUCAGCGUAGCGGCGGCGCCAGGCGCCGGGGUGGGAGGAACAACGACCUAUCAUCCCGUGCACGUCAGCAUCCGCGUCGACGACGGCCGCUGCGUCAUCGACGGCGGCGCUGUCGCCUGCUCCGCCGCCGCCUCCGAGUCGGAGGCAGCAGGCGGCGGCAGCAGGUGGGCGGAGAUCAAGGGCGCGUUCCGGCUGAAGGAGAGCCCCCGCAGCGCGGCGGUGCACGUGCAUGGGGUGCCUGCCGGCGUGGACGUGAAGGUCAUGGACCUUCGGAUCAUCGCCACCGACCCAAAAGCGCGCUUCAGCUACCUCAAGGACAAGACGGACAAGGUGCGCAAGCGUGACGUGGUUGUGAAUGUGGGCGGUGCCCCGGCGGGCGCGUCCGUGCGCGUGGUGCAGCUGGACAGCGCCUUCCCCAUUGGCAGCUGCAUCAACGGCACGGUGAUCCAGGACCCGGCCUUCGUGGACUUCUUCACCAACCACAUGGACUGGGCCGUCUUCGAGAACGAGCUCAAGUGGUACUGGACCGAGGCGCAGCGCGGGCAGCUCAACUACGCGGACGCCGACCGCCUGCUCGACUUCUGCGACCGCGCGGGCAAGCCCGUGCGGGGCCACUGCAUCUUCUGGGCCGUCGACGGCGACGUGCAGCAGUGGAUCAAGGACAUCGCCGCCUACGACCGGGACCAGCUCAUGGCUGCCAUGCUGCACGGGCGCUUCUUCCGCGACCGCCUGGGCGACGACGACGUGGCCGCGCUCAUGUUCCGCGAGGCGGCCCGCCUGGACCCGGGCGCCGCGCUCUUCGUCAACGACUACAACGUCGAGUGCGGCAACGACCCCAGCGCCACGCCGGAGCGGUACGUGGAGCUCAUCCGUUACCUGCAGUGGCGCGGCGCGCAGGUCGGCGGCGUCGGGCUGCAGGGCCACGUGACCCACCCCGUCGGGGAGAUCAUCUGCGACGCGCUCGACGCGCUCUCCGCGGCCACCGACCUGCCUAUCUGGUUUACGGAGCUCGACGUGGGCGAGCCCGACGACGCCCUGCGGGCCGACGACCUCGAGGCCGUGAUGCGCGAGGCGUACGCGCACCCGGCCGUCCAGGGCGUCGUGCUCUGGGGGUUCAUGCAGGGAUACAUGUGGAGGCAGGACGCCGCCCUCGUCAACAGCGACGGCACAGUCAACGACGCCGGCCAGAGGUUCAUUGACCUCCGGAGGGAGUGGACCUCCGACGCGCGGGGCCGCCUCGACGCCGAUGGACAGUUCAAGUUCAGGGGCUUCCACGGCAACUACGUGGCGCAGGUCACCAUGCCCACGGGGACGAAGAUGCUCAAGGCGUUCAGCGUCGACAAAGGGGACACGCCUCUCGUCCUGGACAUGGAUAACUGA